AUGGACGAUGAGGUAACAAAUCAAAACGGCAGCAAACUGCAAGAAGCCAGAAGCCAGGCGUCUGCAAUGUCUCUACCAAACCCACUCAUGGGGGACUUUGUUUCAGACUGGUCUCCUUUACACGAUGCUUCUAUCCAUGGACGCCUACUUACUCUGAUGAAACUCAUCCAACAGGGGUGCGAUGUGAAUCUUGUUACAGCAGCUCAGGUGUCUCCUCUCCAUGAAGCUUGUCUAGGGGGUCAUGCUGCUUGUGCCAGAGUCCUAUUAAAACAUGGUGCUCAGGUGAAUGGAGUUACUGUGGACUGGCACACUCCAUUGUUCAGUGCUUGUGUCAGUGGCAGUGUGGCUUGCUUGAAUUUAUUGCUGCAGCAUGGAGCCAGCCUACACCCGCCCUGUGACUUAGCAUCACCCAUCCAUGAAGCUGCUAAGAGAGGUCAUGUGCAAUGUGUUGAAUUCCUCGCAUCCUGUGGGGUAAAUAUAGACCACAACAUCAAACACCUGGGUACUCCACUUUAUGUAGCUUGUGAGAACCAGCAAGUGAACUGUGCCAAGAAGCUGCUUGAGUCAGGAGCAAACGUGAACAGCGGCAAGGGCCUGGACUCCCCUCUGCAUGCAGCCGCCAGGAAUUGCAGUGUGGAGCUGGUAACACUGCUGAUUGACUUUGGAGCAGACAUUUGGGUGAAGAAUGCAGAAAGCAAGAGGCCAAUGGAGCUGGUACCACCUGGCAGUCCUGUGGGAAGACUGUUCCUGCAGAAAGAAGGGCCACUGUCCUUGAUGCAGUUGUGCCGCCUUUGCAUCAGGAGGUGCUUCGGACACAAGCAACAUCAAAAAAUAACUGGACUUCUCCUCCCAGAAGAGCUGAAACAUUUCCUUCUCCAUGUUUAAGCCUUAUAUGUUUGAAUUGGUGCCUUUAAUAACACAGCAAGGUUUGUUG